CUCCUCCCCCAGAAGCCUUUGCUGUUGCACCACAGAGUUUUCACCUCGAGCUCUCACGAAUUCUAAGCAAUCAUGUCGAUUUCGUUGCUGUCGCUGCUCUCACCGUCACCCACAUGCCUUUCCAGGAGCCUCUCGUCGUCGAGUUUCUCCAUUGAAAGAGCCUCAUGUACUACUACUACUUCAUUGGCUUUGAAUGGGAAUCUGAGAGGGAGAGAGAGAUGUGGCAGAGGAAUGCCGGGCAGCGUCAGCUUCGAAAGAAGGCUUGUGGAGCGUGCGGCUGGUGGGGAUCAACCUUCUGGAGUCGUUCUGGAGGAACCCACGUCUGCGACUGGUAGCUCUGGAAGUUUAAAUUGGGAAGCGUUUGCUGCUCAGGUGAGUGGAGAAUGGGAUGGAUACAGUGCAGAGUUCAAUUUCGCUGGGGAGCCCAUUCAGCUGCCGAGUAACAUUGUACCGGAUGCAUUUCGCGAGUGGGGAGUCGAGAUUCACGAUUGGCAAACCCAGGCUCCGACCCUUGCUCAUCCGGAGGAGGGUCAUUUGUGGUACAAAGUGAUUAGGUUACACCCAACUGUGGGUUGUGAAGCUGAUGCUGCCACUGUGUAUAGUGUCCAGGUUUCUGAUGUUCAGUCAAAUGUCUCCGCGCUUGCAUAUCACAGCAGCGGGUCAUACACAACUGUAUGGCGUGGUAAGUGCGUCACACAAGAAUCGAAGAGCACUGGCCCAGGCAAGGAGGUGACGAGGGAGGGCGAUGUAAUAGAACUGGAGCAAUGUAUUGUGCAUGAUCGGAAGCGAAUCCGAGUCUUGCAACAGCUGGGAGCUCGGAGACGUGUCAUGAUAUAUCGUGAAACCUGGGAAGGUCCAUUCCGCAAUGGCGAGUCACUCUGUGGUUGUGCGACUGGUAAUUCAGCUUUUGCCACACAAAAGCCUUUGCAGGGCGAUUCUCUUGCAGGAUCCUGGCAUGCCGAGCUUUACACCGCGCAGAACCUGGAGAAUCAGCAGACGUUCAUAAGUGGUGAACUGAUUCCGUCAGGCGUGGAAGACUUUGACAGGAAGUUGGCUGAUGAAGCCCUUUACCUUCCUAAAGAUUCGUGGACUUGUCUCAGAAAGUCUGAGUCUGGGAAUGCUGUUGUUGAAACUGGCUGGCUUGUACAACCUGAUCAGGCAAUAGUUUCCAUCUGCGAGGUGGGAAGCUUCGGAGAUCUUAAGGCCGUCAGCUUGAGAGUUGAGAAGCGAAUCCCAGGCAAAUGAGCUCAUUUCUGGAAGAAUCUGAAGAAACCGUUGGUUUAUAAUUGCCUGUGUAUUAUCUUGCUAUUCUUUCUGAGAGUGGAUUUAUAGUUUACUUAUCUAGAAGGUAAAUCAACUAAGACAACAAGAAAGUUGACUACGUCCAAGCUUCUGCAAGUAAAGCAGUACCAUGUAUACUAGAAACUGCAACGCUUGAUGAUCCUCACAAGCCUGCAAUGUUCUGAACUUUCAUUCAUGUAUUAGCAUUCGUUCCUUGGGUAAAUGAGUCAAAGCUGACGAUCUUAUUGUAAUCCAUUUGAGAGGCCCAGGUUGUACUGUAUUGCAAAAGAAACUUCUUGUAUGAAUAAAUCUUUUCUCGGCAAGCAAUUUCAA